CCAUCAUUGAGAACCGGUCCACUGCGCAACCGCCGCCGCCCAUCGACUCCGCGUGCCGCGCGCCGAACAAUCGCCCGCCAUGUCCUACUUCUUCUCCACGCCCGUGGACAUCGAUAUUGUCCUCGAGGACUCGGACGACCGCCAGACUGUCGACGUCAAGCUUGAUAAGAACCGCAAGGAGAAGGUGCCGCUAUACCUCGAUGGAGAGUCUGUCAAGGGACAGGUUACCAUCAGGCCGAAAGAUGGCAAGCGACUGGAACACACGGGCAUCAAGGUGCAAUUCAUCGGGACAAUCGAGAUGUUCUUCGAUCGCGGUAACCACCACGAGUUUCUUUCUCUUGGCCAGGAACUGGCAGCACCGGGCGAACUCCAACAUCCUCAGACCUUCGAUUUCAACUUCAAGAACGUCGAGAAGCAGUACGAAUCCUACAACGGCAUCAACGUCAAGCUACGCUACUUUAUGCGCGUCACGGUUUCGCGCCGGAUGGCUGAUGUGGUCCGGGAGAAGGAUCUUUGGGUAUACUCAUACCGGAUACCGCCCGAAACAAACAGCUCCAUCAAGAUGGACGUCGGUAUCGAGGACUGCCUGCACAUCGAAUUUGAAUACUCAAAGUCGAAAUACCACCUGAAAGAUGUAAUCGUCGGCAGGAUAUAUUUCUUGUUGGUACGGUUAAAGAUCAAGCACAUGGAGCUUUCCAUCAUCCGGAGGGAGACCACGGGAGCGGCACCCAACCAGUACAACGAGAGCGAGACCCUAGUGCGCUUCGAGAUCAUGGAUGGCUCGCCAUCGAGGGGCGAAACAAUUCCGAUACGGCUGUUCCUGGGCGGGUUUGAUCUGACCCCCACAUUCCGAGAGGUCAACAAGAAGUAUUCCACGCGAUACUAUCUCAGCUUAGUCCUUAUCGACGAAGAUGCGCGACGAUACUUCAAGCAGUCGGAGAUUGUGCUCUUCCGACAAGCUCCCGAGGGAUUGACCCUAGCGCAAGAGCAAAACAAGUUGAUGGCUGUAUCUUGAGGUAGGCGCAAAACCCCAGAUGGGAUUCUGAGACAGAACGCGCCGGGCAACAUCUCUUGGUUGACCCUAAGGCUUGGUGGAUAGCACAAGCUACGUCAUGUGCCGAUGCAUCCCAAGUAUUGGUUUGUACCCGACCUGGUGGCUGACUGCUCGAUGUUGGUUCCAACAUAGGUAGUGCGGGGUUAUAUACUCGAUUCGGCAAGCAGAAACUGAACGCCACUUCUGAAAAGUGGUAAACUCUCCCGAAUGAAUAUAUUUAUAAUGUUAUUGCUAUG